UUUAUUGCAUUCUGUCUCGGAUUUAUCGCCAUCUUACCAUUGAAAGUAUCUCGCAAGGCGUUCAGAUUUCCGUUUCAGUACGGGCUUAAGUGAAAUUAUUCUAAAAUUAGCCUGCAAUUCCAGUUAGACGGUUUGCCCGGUCAAAAUGACGGCAAGCAAGCAGCAAGAGGCUGAGGCCGAACACGAUCCCCAGGUGGUGGUCACCCCGGUAGAUGCCUCUCGCAGUUCUCGCAAGGAUCGGGGUCUCUGGAGGGAUCUGACUUCCUAUUGGAUCCUCGGUCUGUGCAAUAACUACGGCUACGUAGUAAUGCUGAGUGCUGCCCACGAUAUUAUAAAGCAGUUUAAUCCGAAUGAUGAUACCGAAGAGAGCUCGUCUGGUAGAAAUUGUCACUUGGUAUCCACAGGAGCUAUUUUAUUGGCUGAUGUGCUGCCUUCGUUGUUUGUGAAGAUGCUAAUGCCCUUCUUUCCCUUUUGGGUUAACUUUCGCAUAGCUCUUGCCGUGGCCUUUUCUGCAGCUGGUUUCCUGCUGGUUGGAUUUGCUGAAGCGGAGUGGAUGGCCCUGUUGGGUGUGAUCAUCACUUCGGCCAGCAGCGGAAUCGGAGAGACCACUUUCCUGGCCUACUCCUCGCGAUACAACAAGAAUGUGAUAUCCACGUGGUCAUCCGGUACUGGCGGUGCGGGAGUCAUCGGUUCCUUGAGCUACGCCAGCUUGAGAUCCCUGGACGUCAGUCCCAGAGACACGAUGCUGAUUAUGUUGAUCUUCCCGGCGAUCGAAGCUUUUGCCUUUUGGCUGCUGCUACGUCGGCCCCAGGUUGAUAUUCUUCCGGUCACGACGGUUGAGUCCACCGAGGUCCUUAUUACCGAUGAGAAGCCGCUGGUCGGUUUCAAGGAGAAGUUCUUCUACAUAAAGCACCUCUUCAAGUACAUGUUGCCCCUUUGUCUGGUGUACUUCUUCGAGUACUUUAUCAAUCAGGGAUUGUUCGAGUUGGUCUACUUUGAGGACAUUUUCCUGGAUAAGGACUCGCAAUAUCGUUGGCUGAACGUGGACUACCAAAUAGGUGUCUUCAUAUCGCGCUCCUCGGUCAACCUCUUCCAACUGGACAAGAUCUGGCUGAUGUCCGUCUUCCAGUUCGUCAACGUGGUAUACUUCCUCACCGAGGUCAUCUGGUGGUACACGCCCAGCAUUUGGAUCGUCUUCGCCAUCGUCCUGUGGGAGGGACUCCUGGGUGGCGGUGCGUACGUGAACACCUUCUACCGGAUGUCCAAGGAGAUCUCGCCAGAGCGCCAGCAGUUCGCCAUGGCCAUGGUGGUCCAGUCGGACUCCUAUGGCAUCGCCCUCGCCGGUUUCCUGGCCAUUCCCGUCCACAACGCCAUCUGCGGACUUCCUGCUGCGGCAAGGAGCCUCGUUUGGUGAUGAGUGUCGUAAACAGGAUCAGAACCAGGAUCAGAAAAUGCCUUUACCGUGUGUGUGUGUAGCUAAUUAAGCGUGUAUGUCUGUGCGUGUCCCGAUAGUAUUAAUCACUGGAUCACUGGACUCCCAGCAGCCAGAUCGUUGGUUAUGUAGUUAGUACGCUCCUUUUCGACUACUCUAUAAGGUUUAGUUUAAUAAACGAAAGUAAACUCUGUUUGUAAUUCGAUGUUGCAAAGUUAAACGAUUUUAAUUGCAUUGGUAAUACGUGAUUACACUACUUUGUUUACAUGAUUAAUCAUUUUA